AAUCUGGCCUGCUGUACGUGUAGUGUUCUUGUUUCUGGUAUUGUAACUUGAGGAGCUGGUUGGUGUAGUCCGUUAUGUUUCCUUUUCGUUCCGCAUAGUAUGUGCGCGCCUGGAUUUUAUCUAGCCGAGACUAAUUGGUUGCCUUUGUCCCCGCAGCGACAAAAACGAGAAGUGUGCGCUUUCCGCCUCACUGACAUGGCGCUUGCAUCUCGGUCUUUUUCGGUGCACUCAGAUUAAAGUCAUGUCUGCUGCGGGUCCGGCAAUUUUAUUGGCUGCCGCCGGGUCCCUCGAGGGCCUGGACCUUGCACGAUCGGCGUCCGAUGUUGAUCGUUCCCGUCGUAGUAACAAAAAAACCGAUCCGGCCGACGCCGUUGAGGCAACGAUCAAGCGGAAACUGGCAGAACCGCAAACGACAUCAUCAGCAGGCUCAUCCUUUGUCGAGAAGUACCAAGCCGGCGAGCUGUGGCACUCCGGAGAAGUAGCUAGAAGUGCAGAUGAUGUUCUUCCCCGUGGUCCCGAUGAUCUCGCAGUCCAGAAUGUGGAUGACGAGGCAGCUGUUGGACCCGCCGCACUUGCUCUCGGGGGCGGCGGGCAUUCCGAUUCCCCCUCGACGAUCAGGAAAAAUAUGAUGAAUAAAGGUCGGACUGUCUCGUCUGAAAAGCAAAAAGUGGAAGUAGAGCAGGAAACUUCGAGCGCAUCUUGGUGCAGUGAGAACGCGAUUGCGGAGGUGAUUCCCUUUCUUUCCGCGUCACUCUGGGAACAGUACGUGCAGGCAGACGAAGGUCACGGCGCUUUGGUUCUGUCCGAACCUUUCAUCGGCAAGAACGCCGAGGUGGGAUUGGUCGGUGCUGUGGUGCGUGGGGUAAGGCACGCCUUCGCUCAGGUGUCUGUGCGCGUUGGGAUCGUUGCUCCUUCAUCUUCUAGCGGGGAUGAGCAAAGUCGUGAUCAUGCCGUGCGGGAUAAUGAAAGCGACAACAAGACGAGCAAAAGUGCAGCGGUGAAGCAAUGCGGCAACAAGAAAAGCACAAACUCAACUUCUACGAGUGACGCACCUGAAGAAGACAUGUUCCAUCACGAGAUCCAGCUUCCGGAGCCGAGAAACCCUGAUGCUGACGUGUUGAUCAUCGGCUUGACGAGCGAAUUGGCGAUGCGUGUGCCACAAGUAUUCUUUGGAGGUAGUGAAGAGAAUAAACAAGUCAUGGUGGGUGAUCCUGCUGAUGUCUCUCCCUCCGGAACGAAAUCGAACACCAAAGCCAAUCCACCGCCAGUGCACCUACCUGAGAAAAGCAGUGGCACGAGCACUUGGGCAAGCUGGUUCGGGUCGAGCUUCGGUUUUUCUAAUUCCAAGAAUGAUAGUACCGCACUCGAUUUUUACCGGAAACCCCCGCAAAUUACGCCUCUGGACAUAUGUUUCCUGCCGUUUUCCGCUGUGGCAGGUCGGGCCGUAGAACAAGCAGCCACUACUGCGAACGCCUCGCAGGCGUCCGCCUCACAGAAAGAGAAAAACAAAAACAACAAAUGUAACGCGUCUGCUGGUACAUCUAAUCCGAACCACUGCAAUAAAAGCAGAACCAUGAUUUUUCUGUCCAACCCGACCUCUUCCGGUGCCGCGUUCCUGUAUUUCGAAAUUAGCCGGACCAUCGACAUCAAGCGCGCCCUCGCGCCGGUGUGCAACGACAUCCUGUUGCAUCAGAGUAGCAUCGGCAAAGACGCGAAGGAGGAACAGGAGGGGGGGAAAACUUACAACGAAAUGUGGUUUCAGAAAGACGACGGGGGCUGCACCUCCUCGAAUGACGAGAAAAAUUUGUUUGCGUCUUGCGGCGACAGAAAGACCCGCCCGCCCCAGAUCCCGCUGGCACUGGACCAGUUGGCGCGCAAGUGCUACUUGAAGAGCAACUAUCCAACGGAACAGGAGCAGAAACAGGUACAGGAGCUGUUUGAGUACUUGCUGUCGCAGGUCAGUGAAGCCGCAGUCUUGGAAAAGCUGCAGGACCAGCAGCCAGUAGCGCUAGACGGUACUUCUAUGGGCAAAAACGUCGAGAAAAACAACCAGAAGAAGACGCCACCCACUUCCGAGCAACAACCCGCAAGACCUAACGUCCUUACUUGGGGCGCGUUGUUUCAUCCGACGGCCGUGGACUUCAAAACGGCAAAAGUCCGGAUCGCCAGUGUGGUUUCAAUGAAAAUACGCCCAGCGAGGACCACGUCGACAGGUGGAAUUAGUCCAAAACUACAACAUCAACCCUUCGAGGCGCUUUUUCUCCGGCCCUCGCAACUGCAGCCCCCACCGGGUGCGCCCGCGAACGCGAAGGUGGUGGAGGUUGUGUGCCUCAAAUUUCCAAGCAAAGAGUCGGUAGAGGUGUUUUUGGAUCACGAGUACGUUUCCGUGAUGGAGUAUGUAUACCCGCGAGAAAGGACAACAAGAACUAACAGUAAAGAAGGUGGUGAUGUGGUCCUCAGCAAGGUUGACGGGUUUCAGAGACUGGGGAUCCUCUUGUUGAUGUUUCACCAGGGCAUUUUGCAAAUUUUCACGGACGCGGAACAUGAAUGAUGUCGGCAGUGUGUAGGAGAGGAACAUUUUGAGGCCAAAACACAAACUGAUUUCAAGAUGUAGUUGUCUAUAAUUCGUACUGAAACAAACGCAGGUAGUUGGCUAGUCACGCGUUCUCGAUUCCGGCGAAGCAGAUCUUUGUAAUCCUAGAACGUGGUAUUCUCUUGCACUAGGGAUUGAGUUUAAGAAUGCCUGCUUAUCUAUCGCUUCAAAAAUGAAU